AUGGAACAAAAACCCCAUACAUUUCUCAAACUGCGCUACUGCUUAACCACCUCACAACACUACUUGCUCUCGUCAAAAAAAGCCACAAUUAGAAGUUCUUUAUUCCACCUCACCAUAAAGAUUGCUGCAUGUUCGACGAAAUGCCUAGCUGAACCUGAAACACCACAGCUCCAACCAAAUUUCUCCCCAAAGAACUCUGUACAAGUUUUAAAGAAAUGGGGUUGUAAUGAUGAUGAUAUAUCCAAGAUUUUCUCGAGGAGGCCUUCACUUCGCAAGAUUAAUGUUGUUCAGCUUCAUUCCAAGCUCAACUUACUAAGUGGGUUAGGGAUAAAAUCUUCUGACCUUUUCAAGAUCAUUAAUAGUCGCCCGCGGUUCCUUAGUUAUCGUCUUGACCAUUGCUUUGAGGAGCGGCUUGAUUACUUCACCAAGUUUUUUGGUUCAAAAACUGUGUUUUGUAAAGCCAUUGUUAGGAACCCUUCACUGUUGACUUAUGAUUUUCACCAUAGUAUUAAGCCCGCCAUUGCUUUGUAUGAACAAAUGGGGUUGAGUACAAAAGACCUGAUCCCUAUGCUCAUUUCGCGACCCAAAUUGAUCCCUUGCAGUUCGUUGAAUGAUCAAAAGAUUGAUUAUAUAAACAGAAGCGGUGUUUCGAAAGCUUCCAAGAUGUAUAAAUAUGUGGUUACUCUCAUUGCCAUUUCAAGAACUGAAACCAUCCAAGAAAAGAUAUCAAACUUUCAGAAGUUUGGUUUCUUAGAGGAUGAAAUUUUGAGUCUUUUCGGAAGGUAUCCACUAUUAUUAACGUUGUCAAUCGAUAAGGUCCAGAGGAACAUGAUUUUUGUUGUGGGAACAUUGAAGUUCCCUGCAAGUGUAGUGCUUCAGUAUCCAUUUUUGUUGUAUCUCAAUCUUGAAGCUGUAUUGAAACCUAGAAUUGUUCUUGCUAGGAAGAUUCAAGACAUGGGUUUGUCUCCGGAGAUGAAGGGGCAGGCUGCAACAUUGAAAGCUUUAAGAAUGAAAGAAGAAAGGUUCUUGAAAGUUUAUGUUAAUUGUCACCCACAAGAAGUUGCUGAUGAGUUGAUGGAGGUUUUUAGAAAUGCAAAAUGUGCCAAGAGAUUGGCAGUAGACUUUAAGAGGAUUGUGCGCAGAGGAUUUCCAUUCUGA